CCCAGGAGCUAAGAAGCGCCCACAGAACCAACCUUAUCCCCCCCCUUCUCUCUCUCUCUCUGGUUCUCAGCCAUGGCGUCUCUCGUACUCGGAGCUGCUCCUAGUUUUACCCAUUCACUCAUUCUCUCGUCUCGAACUUCUUUCUCGAAAUCCGAAGCCCUAGGCGUACCGCUCUCCUCCUCUUCGGCUACUUCUCGCUCAAUUUCGGCUAUAUUUCCUCCUCCUCCUCCUGGCUUUUCAGUUUACUGCGGAAGAGGCGAUAAGAAAACGGCCAGAGGAAAACGUUUCAAUCACUCCUUUGGCAACGCGAGGCCACAUGGCAAGAAUAAAGGGAGAGGACCACCAAGGGUACCGGUUCCUCCGUCUCCACCCAAGAAAGAUCGGUUCGAGAACGAUGAAAUCGUCAAGAUUGAAAUCGAUGAGUUCUAACAAUGGCUGAUAAUGUUACUUUACUCCUAUGUUUAAGUUGUUUCUGAACCUCGAAAUCUUCUGAAAUUGUUCUUUCUAUUGUCACUGUUGAUUGUAUGAUUCACAAAUUCGCUUCCUUCAUCUCCAAACUGCUACUAAUCUAUGGAUUUUUUCUAGAACAUGCUGGGAUUAGGAUACUACUUUGUCCAAUAAUGUUACAUUAGUCUUUCACUCUUGGCAUUCUAUUUCCACUUAA